AUGGCGCCGGCCUUUCAAGACGACAAGGCGCCGAUAUGCAUCCCCUUUAUCCUCGAGCAGCUGCAGGCGCACCAGGAGGCGCACCGCAAGGCAGCUCAGCUGCAACGUCCGUCCUCCUCCGUUCAACCACCACAGGACGGCGUCGCCGCACGACCCCUCCCGCCGCUGAUGAUCGGCCUCAACGGCAUGCAGGGCGUCGGCAAGACGACGCUCGUGGCCGCGCUGGCGGGCGCGCUGGAGGCGCGGGGCGUGCGCACGCUCGUGUGCAGCGUCGACGACUUUUACCUCACGCAUGGGGAUCAGAGGGCGCUGGCGGAGGCGCAUCCGGAUAAUGCGCUGGUGCAGCAUCGGGGGGAGCCCGGCACGCACGACGUGGCACUUGCGGUGUCCGUCGUCGAUGCCCUCGCGCAGGGUCUGCCGACGCACAUCCCGCACUACGACAAGGCCGCCUUCAACGGCCAGGGCGACCGCCAACCCCCCUCCACCUGGACACCCGUCAACCAGCCCUCCUCCUCCUCUCCCUCUCCCUCACCCUCUCCCUCUCAGCCAGACCAACCACCACCAUCGUCCCCCGUGCAAGUCGUCAUCCUCGAAGGCUGGUGCGUCGGCUUCCGCGCCCUCCCCUCCUCCGCCGUCACCGCCCGCUGGCACGCCCCCAGCCGCACGCUGCGCAACCACGCGCUCGAGCACCUGCUCUUUAUCAACGAGCGGCUGCGGGCGUACGACGCGCUGACGGACCGGCUCGGCGCGUUUGUGCACGUCGACUCCGAGGACGUCGAGUACGUGUACGCGUGGCGGCUGGAGCAGGAGGAGGCGCUGCGGCGGGAGAGGGGCGAUCCGGCGGCGGGCAUGACGCCCGAGCAGGUGGUGCGCUUCGUUGACGGGUACUUUCCCGGCUAUGAGCUGUACACGGACGGGGUGAGGCACGGGGUCCUGCCGGGUCGGCCGGGGUGUCAGCUGCGGAUGGUUGUUGGGCGGGAUCGAAAGGUGAAGGACGUGAUUCGCAUAUAG